AAUUCUCCGGUAAAAGGAGAUCUCUUUUCGUUUAUAUGUGCCCUGUUGGGAGCCCUAGUUCCUCUUCGCAGCGAGACGCAGGAAUUAGGAGAGCAAUUUGGAGAGUUUUUGCCGCAUUGAUUAGAGAAGGGAUCUGCCUGGAUCAUCGGCGUUUGUUGGAUCUGCGCUGAGCUGGAUUUGGUUCCGUGGUAAUUAGGGCGAAUUGUGGCUCUUGCUUUGGCCACUCCUGGGUUCUUGUCCUCUUGGAAGUUCCGUUGAGUUGCUGCUUUCUUGACGAGACCUGGGAUUGUUGCCGCGGAAUUUCCUUUGCGACAGAAUGUUAAAAGAUGAAAUGGCUAGAUCUCGGCUAGAUGAUUCUUAUUUCUCAUCUUCAACCUCACAAUCCAAUCGAGACGGUUUAUUUUUGGCCAGUCAUAAAAAUGUUUCCCAGCUGUUGGCAUGGAGAGAGAUUUCUCCUCGAGCAAAGAAUAGUAGGAAGCGGCUUUGGGGAGAAGGUUUAGUCUGUAGAGCUGAUUGUGGUGGGCCAAGAUGUAACAUAGAUGUUAAACAUGCUUUGAUGUCUUGGGUAGAGGCAGAGUCGUUGCAUCAUUUGUCAGCCAAGUAUUGCCCACUUGUGCCACCUCCGAGGUCCACCAUUGCGGCAGCAUUUAGUUCUGAUGGAAAAAUACUUGCUUCCACCCAUGGUGACCAUACUGUUAAGAUAGUUGAUUGCCAAACUGGAAAAUGUAUAAAGGUGCUAAGUGGCCAUCGGCGAACACCUUGGGUGGUUCGGUUCCAUCCAUUGUACUCGGAUAUACUUGCCAGUGGCAGUUUGGAUCAUGAAGUUCGUCUUUGGGAUGCACAAACUUCUAGCUGUAUAGGGUCACGUGACUUUUAUCGCCCAAUUGCUUCUAUUGCUUUCCAUGCUCAAGGAGAGUUCCUUGCCGUUGCUUCAGGUCAUAAACUUUACAUAUGGAACUACAAGAAAAAAGGAGAGGCAUCCUCACCUACAAUUGUGCUAAAGACCCGUCGUUCUUUGAGGGCUGUUCAUUUCCAUCCACAGGCUGCUCCUUUUUUGUUAACAGCUGAGGUUAAUGAUCUUGAUUCUCCUGAUUCACCAUUGACUGUUGCAACAUCAUCUGGUUAUUUACACUAUCCCCCUCCAGCCAUUGUCUUUGCAAACAGGGACAGAAAUAGUGGGAGGACUAGUAGCUCGGGAAGUGCUGCACAAAGAUUAGAAUCUUCUUCUCAUCUCACUGGUGGACAGAGUCCAGAUUUCCAAAACCAUAGCGAGAAUAUUAUAAGUCCUAUGGAUAUAGAUUCUGCUUCAAACGCUGUGAAUGAGGGUGUAAUUGCUGAUUCUUUUUUGGCUGGAACUGAGGCGAUGAUGUCUCCAAUCACAGAAACAAUUGAAACCACUGAGGUACAGGCUACAUUAGGAUUGCACCCAACAAGCUCUGGUGCUGCUGAGAGGAUGGAUGCUUCAUUCAAUGUACCCGAGUCUAAUGUGGCCGUGCACAAUCCUAUACGGCAGUCCAGGUUGGGUUUAGAUGAACCUCCUGCCUCAGUUUCCACAAGCUCCUUCCGACGGGCUGACAUACAGACGACCUUCAGAAAUAUAGACAGUGGACACUUUCAUCACGUUAUUCCUUCCAGUGAUCCAGCAUACUGGGAGUUGCCUUUCCUGCAAGGUUGGUUGAUUGGUCAAACUCAUGCUAGCAUGCAUACAUCAUUACCAGUUGACAGUGCUUUACAAGGGAACUCAAUGGCUCUUCAUCUAGCCAGUUCUGGUUUGUUGACAUCUGAGUUGCCCGAGCCACAGAAUAUUGAUUCAACUACUCUGACAAUGGCAACUGCUGUUAGCCAGUCUAGGGUAUCUGGCCGAUCAGGUUCUCGCCAACGAUCACGUUCUCGCCAGAUGGCUGUUAUAGGUUCCGGAGAAGGUUCCUUAUCAACUAAUUUCCAAACUGACGAAGCUGCAUCUAAUGGUGGUUCUAACGGUAUCGAGUCUGAGAUUCAUAGAUCAUUAGCUGCAGCUGCAGCAGCUGAAUUACCUUGCACAGUUAAAUUGAGAAUAUGGUUCCAUGAUAUUCUAGACCCAUGCAGCACCUUAGAAUCUGAUAAAUGCCGUCUAGCUAUACCAAAUGCUGUCCUUUGCAGUGAGAUGGGCACCCACUUUUCUCCAUGUGGGCGAUUUUUGGUAGCUUGUGUUGCCUGUUUGGUGCCUCAUUUGGAAGGUGAUCCAAAUUUCAACUCGCAGAUGCAACAUGGUGGCACAGGGCUUGCUACAUCACCUACACGACAUCCAAUUCCUGCUCACCAAAUUAUGUAUGAGCUUCGCAUCUAUUCUCUAGAAGCAGCUGCUUUUGGAAAGAUCUUGUCUUCAAGGGCAAUCAGGGCUGCCCAUUGUCUCACAUCCAUUCAGUUUUCACCUACAUCAGAAUACAUACUAUUAGCAUAUGGUCGGCGGCAUAAUUCUCUUCUAAGGAGCAUUGUAAUUGAUGGAGAGACUGCAGUACCUAUCUACACAAUUUUGGAGGUUUAUAGAGUUUCAGAUAUGGAGCUUGUGAGAGUUCUUCCUAGUGCAGAAGAUGAGGUUAAUGUAGCAUGCUUUCACCCUUUGGUUGGAGGAGGUCUAGUUUAUGGAACCAAGGAAGGCAAGCUUAGGAUUCUCCGGUAUGAUGGAGCACAUUUCGCAAAUUGUAGGAGUUCUAAUUCCUUUCAUGAGGAAAAUAUGACUGAGAUCCAGGAAUAUGCUUUAGAAGGUUGAAAGGUAGAAAAUUGCUCUGGACGACGUCGUCUGCUCUUUUUUACUGGGCCAAUAAAUUUGUACAGAAGUUUCUCAAAAAAAAAAAAUUAUAUCGCUUCAGUGAUUCUUCUUUGAUUUGACAACUCGCGCCGGGGCAUUAUUUCACAACUGAUGUCGAAUUUGAACCAUCUCAAGAUUUGCAUGUGGAGUUGAUAGAAUGGAUUGUGUUUCAAAAAAUUCAAAAUGUUUGAUGAUUCUCAACUUCUGAUUCAGGGAUGAAGCAGAUCUUGGAACGCACAUAAAUCAUGGGAGAAAGACCGCCUUUUGUUGUUGUAAUCCUCUCUUCUUUUUUUGUUUUUUCCCCCCUAACCCAUUCUCCUUUUAACUUGAUGCAAAAUGCAUACUUAACUCGUUCAGUUGCCUUGUAUAUUUGAUGUAUGAUUAACAUUUAUUCGUUUCAGGACUCUGUUAAACACUUGUAUGUGGUAUGGUCGUUUUUCCCAUUCGAAGUGAUAACAAAAAAAAAAAAAUUCUGUUUCA